AGCGAAUCAACCCAAUCAAGGAGACCAAAAAGCUCUUGCAAGAGCAUAAUUUUGUGGACGGGGCUGAGAGAUGACGAAUCCGAAGUCGCAGUCUGAAUCUGAAGACGAGGACUGCGAUGCGUUCUCUUCUGGCUGCAAGCUUUGCUCGCGAAACUGCGAGCUGGGCAAGGUGCUCUUAGCCUCGGGUUUGCAGAUGGCCUCUGUCGCUUUGCCUGAGACCUUUGUGGUUGCGCUCUUGCGCGCAGAGAUUUGGCAACAUCAGAUGUCCUCCUACAUGGCCUAUGCUGCCAUUGGCAUUAACUCUGUAGCUGUGAUCUUUGGGGGCCCUUUUGGCCGCUUCAGUGACAUUGUGGACCGCCGGCUGGCCGCCGCGGUCUUCGCCAUCGGGACGUUUGCACCCACCUGGUCCUUGCUGAUCUUUGGUCACACCACCAGCAAGGCACUGUGGAUCAGCACCAUUGUCAAGGUACUGGGAUCCUAUGGUCUCACAAGUAAUGUCAUGCUUGCGCUGAUCAACGAUGUUACACAUCCUAAGGAUCGAGAAGAGGCUGUCGGCCUCUAUUUUGCAGCGAACAACUUGAUGAGCCUAACGAUGACUGGCAUCCCAGUGCUGCUGGUAUUGAUUUUGCGGGUCAUCCCGAACAACCCAAUCAUUUUCCUUGUGGUACAGGUUGUCUUGAGUACCCUGUGCUUGUUGCUCCUUUGCUCGGUAAGGUGGAAGCGGAAAGAGCCAAACGAAGAGGUAGACGUGGACGACAGUGAUAGUGAGGAUGUGCCUUCCUCGACCAGCGCCAGGCUGUGUGCCAUAGUGGAACCGUCGGUUGAGGAUCCGGCUCCUAAGAAGAGCUGCUGUAGUUGGAUUGGCCACUAUGCCAAGCAAACUGCAAGGCAGUUCAUCCUCCCCAUCCGCCUUGCUUUUGGAAAUCGUCGGCUUCGGCGCUUAUGGUGUGCCGGAUUCAUGCUCAUGUUUUCUGGGCAGCUGGUGAUGGACAUUGGUGGGCAAUACUUCAACCAAUCAAUGGAUCUCAUCCCUUACGGCACCAAGAACGAACUCACCACCGUUGCCGUGCUGACCAUGAUCCCAGGGCAGCUCUUGGCGAUCCCUGGAAAUCUUGUGACCGGUUAUCUCUCCAAGCGUGGAGGGCCACUUUACCUUUUACGGCGCCUUGUUCCUAUCGCUUCCAUGCUGGUGACCUUGGGUGCCUUCAUGGCGGAGGUGAAGCAGUUCUGGUUCAUCGCUUUGACGGUGAUUUUCCUCAACUACGCGAGCUUGCCCAAUGUCCCACUGAUGCGCCUAGUUGCUGGGCUUGCUCCUCCUGGUCGUGUGGGUGAGUCUUUGACCGCCAUCGGUAUUGCUGCACAGCUGGCCAGCCUGAUUGGCAACGCGGCAGUGGUUUUCAUCAACCACAAGUUGAUGCAGACUGACAUGGCCAAUCCGCUCUGGAUUUACUAUCCGAUGUGCGGGACAUUGACCCUCAUGGCCAUCCUACCGAUCCAGGGGACUCCAUAUGGUGGCUGGGGUGCAGCCUCGGGCCUGCGCGAGGAUCAAAUGGUUGCAAUAGUCUAUGCGCAUGUUGCACAACAGCGCUGGCGCAAAUUGGUGGCAAGAUGCAAGGCUGCACGAGCGGCGAGCUGAAGGGAUGCAGAGAAGCGUUGCCAUUGAAGUUCAAAGUGUGACCUGUGCAAGGAAAAGAGAAGAGAAGAGAAGGUGGAAUGUUCUCGAGUCAAC